CUUUGAUAUCCAUUUCUUGAAUAUAAAAUCACUUUCUAGAACAAUUUAUUAGUCGCAAUUACCAUGUCGCAAGAACCCCUCUAUUCAUUGAAUACCUGGGAGAAGAAUAGACCUGGCGAUUUUCUAGACCGUCUUUUGCCCCUUACAUGCCUCUCUGACUCCCUCGACUUACCGGAGGGGAAAUACACUUAUCCGAACAAUUCGAGAAAAGAUUCAUUGAAGGUCCAACGGGGAGACGGUGCGGCUAGCAAUGAAUCUGCUUGCAAUAUGUCCAUUCCUCGCACGCUUCCUUCCUUGGCAGAGAUGUCAACUUCGACCGGGUUUUCGGGCACUAUAAACACGGCGCUGGCCAGCGAAGUUGAUAUGCAUCACAUACUUCCCACAGACGAUGACGACAACUUUGUUGCUCCAGAUGUUCAAUAUCCUUUUAUCUGCCACUGCCUAUUCCGAAUUCUGGGCUGCGAAAAGUUCUUCAACAACGUGGGGGAAUGGAAAACUCACGUCACGAGCCACUUCAACUUAAAGCCGGUGCCACAGAGUGUAGCUUGUCAAGUUUGCAAGCAGAGGUUCCACGGUGCUGAAGAUGACGAGGCAUGGUUCAAAAUGCUUGAUCACAUUGCUCUUCAGCAUGUCCAGCAAGGGCAGACGUUGGUGGGAACAUCUCCUGGUUAUGAGCUCAUGCACCAUUUGUACUGCCAAGGCAUUGUAUCGCAAGAACAAUUGAAACUCUUGCAGCACGGAGAUCGGGAUUCAGAGUCAUAUGGCCCAGCAGGCCGAGGAGGUGUCAGCCCGACCGCUGAGCCCUACUACGUCAGCGCCAGCAGCCGACGCGAGCGUCGAAUGAGAGGCAGAAGGAUCUGAAGGUGAAAACAAGGAAAACGCGCAGCUUGCCUCUUGAGGUGAGCUCUCGGUCCUCUUUGAACUAUUUUUUUUCUCAGCAGAGGGUUUAAGCACUGCUGUGUUAAGCUUGAUGCUUGAAAUCCGCUGCUCAGAUGACACCAGGCAUCGCAAGCUUAAAGCACACUCUGGCUAUGUGCUGGAAUUAUACGUCUUUCAUAAUGUGUUUGUAUUUGGGGGAGUCGACGGCCCAUUUUUAGCAGGCUGUCGCUGGAACUCUCGAAUUUUCGUUUCAGAAAUUGCUGGUCUUGUGGUUCUGGCAUUGGAGAAAUUUUUUUUUUUUUCUUUUUUUGGCUCGCAUGGAGUGAAAUCUUCUGGCAGAAGUUGUUUUCCUAUUUUGUUCCCAGAGCUCGAUAAACUGUGAGACUGAACGGCGUUUGAGAGCCGCGGUGCCCCUUGGGACUUGAGAUUCUUAACUAUUUCGGCCACCAUAGUCAGGUGCAUAGUACAAUUUAGCUCGAUUCAUACACAGAG